AAAGAACUGAUGGAUGAAGUGUUUAUUUAUUUCGGUAAUCUCAUCUAAUCUAAUUUCAGUAACCAAACUAAACUAAAUUGGGUCAGAGUUGGAGGGAGCCACCCUUUGCGACAUCCUCUGUUAUAUAUAUGCCUCUUUUUCAGUGCACUUGAUAAAUCAUCUUGAUCAAAGUUGCUAUCUUUUUCCGGUGGGGAAGUCAUUUUCCGGAUACUCUCUUCUACAUCGAUCUUCCUAGCUGCAGUUUCUCUUCAGUUCAUCUCCGCCCAUCUUUCAUCAUUAUCACCGUCAUUAUCUGGUUCUACAUCUAUCGCAGCGGUCAACGGAGCCUACAGCCGUCCUCCAUUCACCUGAAAAGAUAUAUUGGAGAUACCAAUAAGCUUAUACUUUAGCUUGUGAUGGCUCCGGUAGCAGAAGCAAUCAAUCCUAGAGAUGUUUGCAUUGUUGGUGUUGCCCGCACACCAAUGGGUGCCUUUCUUGGCUCUCUUUCAUCACUUUCGGCUACCAAGCUUGGAUCCAUAGCAAUUGAAAGUGCUCUUAAGAGAGCAAAUGUGGAGCCAUCACUUGUGGAAGAAGUUUUCUUUGGAAAUGUACUCAGUGCAAACCUGGGGCAAGCUCCUGCCAGGCAAGCAGCACUGGGUGCAGGAAUACCAAACACGGUUAUUUGCACCACUGUCAACAAGGUCUGUGCUUCUGGGAUGAAAGCAACCAUGCUUGCUGCACAAAGUAUCCAGUUGGGAAUCAACGAUGUUGUUGUCGCUGGUGGCAUGGAAAACAUGUCUAAUGUUCCCAAGUACAUUGCAGAAGCAAGGAAAGGAUCUCGCCUUGGCCAUGAUUCUCUUGUUGAUGGAAUGCUUAAAGAUGGGCUAUGGGAUGUCUACAAUGACUGUGGAAUGGGAGUUUGUGCAGAAUUAUGUGCUGAAAAUCAUAAAUUAUCACGUGAAGAGCAGGAUGAUUUUGCAAUUAAGAGUUUUGAACGGGGUAUUGCCGCUCAAAAUACCGGUGCUUUUGCAUGGGAGAUUGUACCGGUUGAAGUGUCUGGGGGUAGAGGAAAGCCAUCUACUAUUGUUGAUAAGGAUGAAGGUUUAGGGAAGUUUGAUGCUUCAAAGUUGAGGAAACUUCGACCAAGUUUUAAGGAAACUGGAGGUACCGUGACGGCUGGUAACGCUUCUAGCAUAAGUGAUGGUGCUGCUGCUCUUGUCUUAGUAAGUGGAGCUAAGGUAGCUGAGCUUGGUUUAACUGUGAUUGCAAAGAUCAAAGGAUAUGCAGAUGCCGCUCAUGCACCAGAGCUAUUUACAACUGCUCCUGCUCUUGCAAUUCCAAAGGCUUUAAAAAGCGCUGGUCUAGAAGCUUCUCAAGUUGACUAUUACGAAAUCAAUGAGGCUUUUGCAGCCGUGGCUCUUGCAAACCAGAAGUUGCUAGGGCUUGAUGUGGAGAGAAUUAAUGUUCAUGGCGGAGCUGUAGCGUUGGGCCAUCCGCUCGGAUGCAGUGGAGCACGGAUAUUGGUUACACUUCUCGGGGUGUUGAAGCAGAAGAGUGGUAAGUGUGGAGUUGCUGGGGUGUGCAAUGGUGGAGGCGGUGCCUCGGCCCUUGUGUUGGAGCUGGUUUGACCAUUCCCUUUUCAGCAGUAUUUCAUCAUCUUGUUCGUUUAGAAAAUAUAACUUACAUACAUGUCUCUGCAACUGGGUUAUAUUGUAAGUAUUUUACUAAUAGAGAUUUUGUUGAGAUACAAUGAUGGUGGUGGUGGCCUGGAAACAAAUCACACACUACUUGGGCCACAUCAGUUUUCAUGCUUCCGAAUAAAUGUUCUUUUCUGUAUUCUUCUUCUCGCUUGUGUUUGUUGUGUACUCCCUCAUUUGAUAAUUCCUUACAGUAUCCAUCAAACCUUUUUAAAAUAUGAUUGAAUUUGAGACACAUGUUAUGUCGGGAUAGGUUCCAACAUGGUUGCCUUUCUCCACCUGAUGAAUUUAGAAUGUCCUAAUUUUCAUUACCAGACUGGAAAUCUGGUUAUUUGUUCAUUUCAUUAUCGCAAACAAUGUUUGAUGCUUCUUCUAUGGGUUUGGUUUAACUAGCGGUUAUGUAAAUUUCAACCAUAUUGUUCGAAGUAUGGGAAAUCUCGA